UUGGGCGGUGGGUGACGCGAACCGCGUCGUGUUGGCAAGGGUUGGAGGGGCGUGAGAUGGCUCAAGGCCCUUUAUCAGGACCGCCUGAGGCCACUGUAUGCCGUGGACACGGUUACCGUUGCCCACGUAGGGCGGUGGCCCCCGUGUAGCAAACUCCCCGUCGAAUUCUGAGAGGUCACCCGAGUCGCGGGAGGAGACUGACCCAGCUGCACCUGUGCAGGUGGCCGUUUGCCUUCCGGCUUCCCUGAGAACGGGCUCAGGUGUUGCAGAAGGAACGCCAGUUAAGAAAAUUAACGGAAAAGCUCCCCCUGGCAACCCCGCGGAGUCCCCAGCGACAGCUGCGACCGCGGGCGCCGCUCGGGGAUGCCCUAAGGAGAACCGGCCUUGCCCGUCGGGAGCCGGUGCCGUUCUCCCCCCCGCCGGCUGGGGGCGCCAACCCGGGGGCCUCCCCUGGACACCGGCUCCCCACUAAUGCCCUGUGGCCUCUAGAGCUUCCGCUCUGCGUUCUAGAAUCGUCUCAUUUCAUUUGGCGAUCCAUUCCAGAAUGCGUUAUCCCCUUUUGGCCUUAAAAACUGCCCUCUCCGUGCCCCCGGUUGGUUGGAAUCUCGGUCACCGCACCUGUGCCCGGGUACCGGUACGGCCGACCCGGUCUUAGCUGACCGUUUUUGGCAGGGCUGUCUCCAUGCCUUCAUUUGAUGGGGCCACUAAUUUUUUUUGCCAGUCUUAAUUAUUCAUCUCCAUGGUCUUCCCCAGCCUCCUGGGAAAAGGCGUUCCCAGGAGUAAUCAAGUCAGAGGAUUGUAUGACUUCUAUCUGCCUAGAGAAGAAUUAUGGAUCUACAACAUGGAAACCGGACGAUGGAAAAAAAUUAACACUGAAGGUGAUGUGCCUCCUUCUAUGUCAGGAAGCUGUGCUGUGUGUGUAGACAGGGUGCUGUACUUGUUUGGAGGACACCAUUCAAGAGGCAAUACAAAUAAGUUCUACAUGCUGGAUUCGAGAUCUACAGACAGAGUGUUACAGUGGGAACGAAUUGACUGCCAAGGAAUCCCUCCAUCAUCAAAGGACAAGCUGGGCGUCUGGGUAUAUAAAAACAAAUUAAUAUUUUUUGGAGGGUAUGGCUAUUUACCUGAAGAUAAAGUAUUGGGAACUUUUGAAUUUGAUGAAACAUCUUUUUGGAAUUCAAGUCAUCCAAGAGGAUGGAAUGAUCAUGUACACAUCUUAGACACUGAAACGUUCACCUGGAGUCAGCCGGUCACUGCUGGUAAAGCACCUUCCCCUCGCGCUGCCCACGCCUGUGCAACAGUUGGGAACAAAGGCUUUGUGUUCGGAGGCAGAUACCGAGAUGCCAGAAUGAAUGACCUUCACUACCUUAAUCUGGAUACAUGGGAGUGGACUGAAUUAAUUCCACAAGGCAUAUGCCCAGUUGGCCGAUCGUGGCAUUCACUAACACCAGUUUCUUCAGACCAUCUUUUUCUCUUUGGAGGAUUUACCACUGAUAAACAGCCACUAAGUGAUGCCUGGACUUACUGCAUCAGUAAAAAUGAAUGGAUACAAUUUAAUCAUCCCUAUACUGAAAAACCAAGGUUAUGGCAUACAGCCUGUGCCAGCGAUGAAGGAGAAGUGAUUGUUUUUGGUGGCUGUGCCAACAACCUGCUUGUUCAUCACAGAGCUGCACACAGCAAUGAAAUACUUAUAUUCUCAGUUCAACCAAAAUCUCUUGUACGGCUAAGCUUAGAAGCAGUCAUUUGUUUCAAAGAAAUGUUAGCCAACGCGUGGAACUGUCUUCCAAAACACUUACUUCACAGUGUUAAUCAGAGGUUCGGUAGUAACAACACUUCUGGAUCUUAAGGCUUCAUAGAUAAUGCCCAUGAUCAUCUUGCAUGGACAGCAACCUGCAAUCGUCACCGAGUGGCAUCGUUUGUAUAAUUAUAUGCAAUUGUUGUAGUUUGCAGCUUUUUGAUUUUAAUGUGCAUGUGAAUGGCCUAGAGAACCUAUUUUUGUGUCUAAAGUUUACAAUAAAUGUAUUUAACACCAGUAA